GCUUUUCCGGUCGUGUGUUGGUAUGGUGUCCCGGUACUCGAGAGCUCUACUCCCGACGGUAACAAUCUCUAGCCGGAUCGCUAAUAUUGUUCUUCCGUUUGCAUUAACUCGCGGAAGAAAGAUCCAUACCAUGUCGAAGGAUGAGGAAUGGUGGAAGAAAAUAGAAAAAAGUCCUCCCGUUGAUGAAUUGAUGCUGGAGUCGGUGGUAGAGGUCUUCACUGACUCUACCGAGUAUAGCAAAGUCAAACCUUGGCAGACUCUUAACCAAGAAUCAUAUGGGGGCUCUGGAUUUGCAAUCGCGGGAAAGAAAAUUCUUACGAACGCUCAUGUGGUGGAGGUGAUGAAUGAUCACACAUUCGUGCACGUGAAAAGACAUGGCUCUCAAGUCAAAUACAAAGCAAAAGUUCAAAAGAUUGCACAUGAGUGUGAUUUGGCCAUCUUGGAGAUCGAUAGCGACGAGUUUUGGAAGGGUAUGAAUCCCUUGGAGUUCGGAGACAUACCGCCUCUCAAUGAAAUUGUAUAUGUUGUUGGUUAUCCAGAAGGAAACAAAGUCGUUGGUGUAGUAUUUCAAGAUCUUGGAGAUGAGAAAAGUACAGGUGUCGUAAUCCCAACCCCAAUAAUUAGACAUUUCAUAACUGGUGCAGAAGAAAGCUCCCAUAACGCUGUUUUCGGCUCACUAGUUCUAUCAUGUCAGUCAAUGGAAAAUGCUCAAAUUCGUAAUCAUUUUAAGAUGAGCCCUGAAACGACAGGAAUCCUUAUAAACAAAAUAAACUCAUCGUCGGGGGCUCACAAUAUUCUGAGAAAAGAUGACAUCAUUCUCGCAAUUGAUGGUGUUCCAAUAGGAAAUGAUGAAACAUGUCCUUUUCGAAAUGAGGAACGAAUAAGUUUCAAUCAUUUUAUUUCUAUGAAGAAACCAGAUGAAAAAAUCUUAGUAAAGGUUCUAAGGAAGGGAAAAGAGCAAGAAUACAAUAUCAGUUUAAAGCCGGUGAAACCACACAUUACAGUGCAACAAUAUUAUAACCUUCCAAGUUAUUACAUAUUCGGUGGUUUUGUUUUUGUGCCUCUCACUAAAUCGUACAUUGAUGAUUUGAGCUUAGAAUGUGUAUUAAAUGAUGAGUACAAAAUUACCGAUGAACAACAAGUCAUAAUCUCUCAGGUAAUGCCAGAUGACAUUAACAAAGGAUACAGUAAUUUCAAAGAUUUACAGGUGGAAAAAGUAAACGGAGUGAAAGUAAAGAAUUUAAAACACUUAUGUGAACUAAUAGAGGGAUGUUGUAGCAAAGAUCUGAGGCUGGACUUGGAAAAUGACAAAGUUAUGGUACUCAACUAUGAAUCUGCUAAAAAGGCAACAUUUGAGAUCUUGGAACGUCACAAUAUAAAAUCGGCUUGGGGCAGCGAGAGGAGCACAUCAGCAGCAGAGAGGGGCGUAGUUCUUCCAUUUGCGUUAACUGGCCGAAGAAAGAUCCAUUCAAUACAUGAAGAUGCAAAGAAGCUAGAACGGUGGAAGAAAAUAGAAGAAAGUCGUCCUGUUGAUGAAUUGGUGCUGGAUUCGGUUGUAGAGGUAUUCUCUGACUCUACCGGGUAUAGCAAAUCCAAACCUUGGCAGACUCUUGACCAAAAAUCAUCCAGGGGCACUGGAUUUGCAAUCGCGGGAAAGAAAAUUCUUACGAACGCUCAUGUGGUGAUGGCUAUGAAUGAUCACACAUUCGUGGACGUCAAAAGACAUGGCUCUCAAAUCAAAUACAAAGCAAAAGUUCAAAAGAUUUCACAUGAAUGUGAUUUGGCCAUCUUGGAGAUCGAUAGUGACGAGUUUUGGAAGGGUAUGAAUCCCUUGGAGCUUGGAGACAUACCACCUCUCGAAGAAGUUGUGUCCGUUGUUGGUGGUGACAAUAUCUGCAUUACAAAAGGACUAGUACUUAGAGUUGAAACUAGAAUAUACGAUUACAGUGACAACGAUCUGCUAUCAAUACAAAUUGAUGCAACUAUCAACGAUGAAAAUACUGGUGGCCCGGUGAUUAUGGGAAACAAAGUCGUUGGUGUAGUAUAUGAAAUGGGUUUUGUGAUCCCAACUCCAAUAAUUAAGCAUUUCAUAACUGGUGUUCAAGAGAGCAGACAAUAUUCUGGUUUCGGCUCAUUGGAUCUAUCAUACCAAUCUCUCGAAAAUGUUCAAAUCCAUAAUCAUUACAAGAUGAGCCAUGAAAUGACAGGAAUUCUUAUAAACAAAAUAAACUCGUCGUCGGGGGCUUACAAAAUUUUGAGAAAAGACGACAUUAUUCUUGCAAUUGAUGGUGUUCCAAUAGGAAAUGAUGAGAAAGUUCCUUUCCAAAACAAAAGACGGAUAGAUUUCAGCUACUUGGUUUCUAUGAAGAAACCAGGUGAAAAAGCCUUAGUUAAAGUUUUACGAAACGGAAAAGAGUAUGAGUACAAUAUCAGUCUAAAACCGAUAUUAGCAGAUGACAUCAACGAAGGAUACCAAAGUUUAGAUGGUGCUCAGGUGGAGAAAGUGAACGGAGUGGAAGUAAAGAAUCUCAAGCAUCUAUGCGAGCUAAUAGAGGAAUCUAACGCAGCUUUUGCCGUCAAAUUCAACUUCAAAUCCUUCGAUGGCAACAACUUGCUAUUCCUAGGAGACGCAGAGCUUGGUCCUUCCUCUGAUGGUGUAAGCCGAUCAGGAGCUUUAUCCAUGACCCGAGACGAGAACCCAUUCUCUCACGGUCAAGGUCUUUACAUCAAUCAAAUCCCAUUCAAACCUUCAAACACUUCUUCUCCUUAUUCAUUUGAAACUUCUUUCACUUUCUCCAUCACUCCUCGAACCAAACCUAACUCCGGUCAAGGCCUUGCCUUCAUCGUAGUCCCUGAAGCUGAUAACUCUGGUGCUUCGGGUGGCGGAUAUCUCGGUAUCCUCAACAAAACCAACGAUGGAAAGCCAGAAAACCACAUCUUGGCUAUCGAAUUCGACACUUUUCAGAACAAAGAGUUUCUAGACAUUAAUGGUAACCAUGUUGGAGUUAACAUCAACUCGAUGACUUCUCUUGUCGCUGAGAAAGCUGGUUACUGGGUUCAGACAAGAGUCGGUAAAAGGAAAGUUUGGUCGUUUAAAGAUGUGAAUCUUAGCAGUGGAGAGAGGUUCAAGGCUUGGGUUGAGUUCAGAAGCAAAGACUCAACGAUUACGGUUACGCUCGCGCCUGAAAACGUUAAGAAACCUAAGAGGGCUUUGAUUGAAGCUCCGAGAGUGCUCAAUGAAGUUCUUCUUCAAAACAUGUACGCUGGUUUUGCUGGUUCCAUGGGACGUGCAGUUGAGCGUCACGACAUUUGGAGCUGGUCGUUUGAAAACGCCGCCAAAAACAACUAAACCGGUUUGGUUCGGUUCAGUUUGGCUAAGUAUCGUUUAUUUUGUUUUUAGUAAGUGUUGUAUGCUACUCAGUGGUAACUAGAGUUAAUAAUUAUGGUUUGAAUAAAACAAGCCAAGUGUG